AUGCUUUUUGUCACAGUCGCGGCGGCGACCUUGCCGAGUGUACCGCUGGACUUUGCCGGGAAUCGUGACAGGAUUCUAGAGUCCAUCAGGAUCGCAAAACAGAAGGGAGCGACCCUCCGCACAGGGCCCGAGCUCGAAAUCCCGGGAUAUGGAUGCCUCGAUCACCACCUCGAAGGCGACACGUUCCUUCACAGUUGGGAAGUGCUGGCAGAGAUCAUCUCAGAUCCGGUCUGCAAAGACAUCCUUGUGGACUUGGGCAUGGGGGUCCGUCAUCGAAAUGUGAGAUAUAACUGUCGUGUGCUUUGCACCUACAAGCGUGUGCUUCUCAUUCGCCCGAAGAUGUCGUUGGCAAACGAUGGUCUCUACCGCGAGGCUCGUCAUUUCACCGCUUGGCCCAAGAAGAUGCAGAUCGAAACGUAUUACCUCGAAGCCAUCAUCGAGAAGGUUACUGGCCAGCACACAGUGCCUAUUGGUGAUGCCAUCCUGUCAACUCUCGAUACGGCUGUGGGCUGCGAGACGUGUGAGGAACUAUUCACGCCUUCGAAUCCGUCGACCUACAUGGGCUUGAACGGUUGUGAAAUCAUUCUCAACAGUUCGGCAUCUCAUGCAGAGCUUCGAAAGCUGCGGACACGUUUAGACCUCAUUUCCAAUUCCACGAGGAAGCUGGGCGGUAUCUACGUCUAUGCCAAUGCCACCGGAGUAGAUGGAGAGGCCCGUAUGAUGUACGAUGGCUCAUCAAUGAUUCUGAUCAACGGCAAGGUCCUGGAACAGGGAUCCCAAUUCUCUUUGGCACCUGUGGAAGUGAUUGUGGCCACCAUCGACAUUGAAGAGGUCCGAAGUUUCCGCUGCAGCAUCUCCAGGAACGUUCAAGCUGCAGCACAACCUGAAUAUCCUCGAGUGGAGUUCGACUUUCGAUUAUGUCGGCCAAUUGACGAGGUGAUCCUGUCAGACACGCUCAAGAUUUCACGAGAAAAGGAACUACGAAUUCUUGAUCCAAUGUCGGAAAUUUGGAUGAGUACUUCAGUAUAUCUUUGGCAAUACCUUAGUCGAACAAAUUCAGCAGGUUUCUUCCUGAGUCUUUCGGGUGGCUUGGACAGCUCUACCGUUGCGCUUUUCGUCUAUGGGAUGGCUCGACUUGUUCUUCAAUCCAUAAAGGCGGGGGAGGAGACGACCUUGGCAGACCUUCGACGGGUGACUGGGCUGAAAGACCUUGUUCCCAAGACACCGGAAGAGAUUGUCGAUCUCCUGCUCACCACCUGCUACCAGGGGACGGUGAACUCUUCUGAUGAGACGAGAUCUAGGGCGAAGAGGCUGGCAGAAAGACUGGGCGCCUACCACUUGAACAUUUCUAUCGACGCGGCAGUCGAUGCUCACCAGACCAUCAUCCAGAAUGCUUUGCAGUUUACGCCCAAAUAUUCGGUCGAAGGCGGUACGCAAGCGGAGAACCUCGCAUUACAGAACGUGCAAGCCCGGAGUCGCAUGGUUGUACAGUAUUCACUGGCGCAGUUGGCGACGACCGCGCGAAAGCUCCCGCGGGCUGGCUCGGCAUUACUCGUCCUCACAAGUGGGAAUGUGGACGAAAACCUUCGUGGUUAUUACACGAAAUACGAUGCAUCGUCCGGCGAUCUGGCACCGUUGGGCAGUAUCUCCAAGAACGAUGCGAAGAGAUUCCAAAAGUGGGCAAGAGAAACCUGGGACCUCCCGAUCAUGACGGAGUUUAUUGAAGCGACACCUACUGCCGAGCUUCUCCCACUUUCAGCGGGCGUGCAGGACGACGAAUCCGAGAGCGAAAUGGGUAUGAGCUACGAGGAGCUCUCGGUGUUUGGCAUCUUACGACGGGUCGAGAAGCUGGGUCCUUGGUCGUCGUAUGUUCGCUUGCUGUACCAAUGGCAAGACCGGCCGGGCAUGAGCCCACGCAAGAUCGCCGAGAAGGUCUGCCACUUCUUCCGAUUCUAUUCGAUGAAUCGACACAAGGCCACCAUCAUUACUCCGUCGAUCCAUCUCUCCGCUUACAAUCCCGAUGAUAACAGGCACGAUCUCCGACCUUUCUUGUACGUCGUCAACUGGCCGUAUCAGUUCGACAAGAUCAUGAAGCACGUCGAGUUUCUGGAGGCCAAGCAGCGGAAGUAG